AUGGAAGCUGGUAGCAAUGUGGAUGUUAGCAGCGUGGCUCGGGAAUCCCCGCGAAGGAAGACGGUUUGGCAGGCCUGGCAAGAGCAGGCCCUGCUGUCAGCUUUCAGCAAGAGCAAAUACCUGAGCUUCGCAGCCAGGCAGGAUCUGGCCGGGCAAAUGGGGGUAACCGAUUCCCGCAUCCGCGUGUGGUUUCAGAACCGCAGAAGUCGCACUGGAGCUGUGGGGCACGCCCCAAAUCGGUCCACAGCAGGCUCCAGAAAGCUGGCCUCCCGAAAGCUCCAGAAAGAGUUUGGUUCCAGGGCACAAGGUGGAGGCAUGCCCUCAGACCACAGGCGGCCUCGCACUCGAAUCACCUUGCCACAGAGCAGGAUCCUAUUGGAAGCCUUUGAGAGGAACCCACGGCCAGGCUUUGCUACUAGGGAGGAGCUGGCACAGAGGACAGGUUUGCCCGAGGACACGAUCCACAUCUGGUUUCAGAACAGACGAGUGCGGCACAUCAACAGAGGCAGGCCCGCUGCUCAAGGUCAAGACUUGCUGGACUCACGUGGGGAGGAUGAGGCCCCUGGAGGUCCUGGUGGCAGAGAGCAUGAAGGCGUCCCGGACAGCUUGUUGCAACUGGUGGCCGCAGGGGUUACAGAUACCUCGAAUCCCAGCGACCUGCCAACCUUCUGCACAGAGGCCCAGCCAUCCCAAUUGGAAGAGCGCUUGGUACCAGAGCAAGAAGAGGCCCCAAAUCAAGGAAGUACCAAGGGCACUCUCCAGCUCCUCCUUUGUCAACAGCUAGACCAAAUCCAAGCGGAGGACCUUGUGCCAGCCCCUCUGAAUCUCCAUGGAGUACUGGGUGGCAGGGAGCUUGAAGGUGCCCAGGACAGCUUAUUGCCACUGGCUCCCGCCCGAGGCGUGUCCAUGGAUGAUACAUCCAAUCCCAGCGACCUGUCAGCCUUCUGCACAGAAUGUCCAACAUCCCAAUUGCAAGAGCCCUCUGGACCAGCCCAAGCACACGCCCCAACUCAAGCAAGCAACCCAGACCCUCUGGAUUUCUUCCUUGAUCAAGUGCUGACCCAAGUCCAAGUGGACGAGCACUCGUCAGCCCAUCUGGAGCUGGAGGCAAUGGACACGACGCCUGAGCUGCCUCUCACUCAAGAAGAUUAUCAGGCUCUGCUGGACAUGCUCUGA